UCUACUUCAGGCAGAUGUUAAUGGAAAGAACAUAGGCUUAGUUAAAAGACACUUUAAUUUUGGGUAGGCUAUGCCUAUGCUGUAGGCUAGAGGCCUAUCUUUUGUUCUUUAGAUGCUUGGUUGAGUAGCCAGAGGGUCAGUAAUCUUCUAAGGUUCUUUCUCAUAGGCUAGGCAAAGCUACUCUGAACUUCAUGCUCUGAGUUUUCAAGGAUCACUCUGGACAACGGCAUGCUCGGCUGAUGAAACAGUUUAUUUCAAUUUAUUUUUAUCGUCUUAGAAUGUUUCACGUUUUGUCUCAUGCAAUGGCAUUAUCCGGUAGGCUACUUUUUAUCCGGUAUUCUUAAUUUCAUAUGAUCUGAACCUGAUCAGUAUCGUCAGAGCCCGUUUAAAUUCUCUUGUCUAUCGUGAAGCUGCAUAGUUCCCUGGACUGUCCCUGAAUCACCGAUGAAACUGACCCUACUGCCUCAUCACGUGUGACGUGGUCUUUACGACCAGAGUAUCGUCGCCGUCCAACUUGUCUCCAAGUGCGGUGCGGGGCACUCGUUUUAUCCUACGGCAAGUGAAAAGAAAAUACAGGGGGGGUUGAACCAGGGUUGAACGAAAGUGUCAUUCACGGUAGCCUAGGCAAUGAGUCAUAAAUGUUCGCAUCCUGUGAGACGAAUUCCAGUGGACUAAGGCAAGUUUCUGACAAAACCAACCUUUCUGAAUGAUCCAGUGGGAACGCUUUGUGACACCUUCACGAAAUUAUGCUUUGGACUGCACACAUUAUGAAUAUCUUGUGAAUAGGGACAAAAUGGUCUUAUUGAAGAUUACUUUCCCCUGCACCCUGACAGUUCUGUUUGCACUCUGCAUAAAUGUCAAGUGCAAACUGAAUUGUGAUGAACCAACGGAGAAUGCCAAGCUCAACCUUUCAGUGACCUAUGACCUUCCAUACUUCAUAUCAGACACUGUAGUACAAGACAUAGUUGUGUUUAACGGAAGUGUCUAUGUGGCCUCCACUGACAUGCUUUAUUCUCUGUCUGGGGACCUUAAGAAGAUAACAGAGUACAAAAUAGAACCAGAGCAUACCUGCACCUUCUGCCAGGGCUUCAAACACAAGUUCAAAGAUGUCAGCGCAGCCCUUCUCAUUGAGACCUACUAUGAUGAUGAACUCUUCAGCUGUGGUUCAACAGGCCAAGGCCUCUGUCGCCGCCAUGUUCUAACGGAGGGAAGGCUUGAUGAUGAAGUAAAAUGGAUGCAUUCAACAAACAGUAAUUGGGGUCGUCACGGCUGCCCAGACUGUGUUGCUGGCCCUGCAGGUGCACAGAUCCUCAGUGUGGAAAGUGAUGGUGUGGUCAGAUUCUUUGUGGGGAACUCUGAGCGUAUUAGUCUGGCCUCAGCUACUGUUGCCCACCCUAACUCACCUCUGACACAUUUUUAUCACACAAUAUCUGUGCGAGCUAUGAAAGAGACACAAGACGGCUUUGGCUUCUUUUCAGAACAAUCCUAUAUGGACUUAGUGCCAGGCCUUCGUGACAAUUACCAUUUGCAAUAUGUUUAUGCUUUCCAGAGUGGCUCCCAUGCAUAUUUUCUUACUGUACAGAGGGACAGAGACUCAAAUACCUAUCACACACGUAUUGCCCGCAUGUGUUCGUCUGACCGUGAGCUAAGGCGUUAUGUCGAAAUACCCUUCAACUGUAUCCUCACUGAAAAGAGAAGAAAGAAGAGAUCAGACAUGACAGAAUUCAAUGUAUUGCAGGCAGCCUAUGUUUCCAAAGCUGGUCAUGACCUCCGACAGAUACUUGACAUAAAGGAGGAUGAAGAUGUACUGUUUGCUGUUUUUGCCCGCAGCAAACCAAACUCACCUGAACCAACCAACAGCUCUGCUGUCUGCGUCAUUUCCUUGGGAAAUAUCAACCACUUUUUCAGAACCUACAUCCAGGAGUGCCAAACAAGACAGCUUUAUCAUUUUACUGGCUCAGAUGAAAAGCAAUGCUACAACAUGACUUCCUCAGAUGACUCUUAUGCCUGUGGAAAACAUGAAGGUGGCUAUCGACUGGAGAUAACAACUCCCAUCACAAGGCUGGAUUACUUUAAUGGCCAGUUCAGCAACAUCCUCAUCACAUCUAUUGCCGUAUACCCCCUGCAGAAUCACACAGUGGCUAGUUUGGGAACUAGUGAUGGAAGAGUUAUCCAGAGAGUGGUUUCCCGAACAAAAGAUGCCAUGCCACAUGUUGAUUUCCGCUUAGAUAUGCACCCUGUCUCUCCAAGAGUGGCUCUUCUGUCUCAAAAGCAGUUGGAUGGUUCAUUAUUAUUAAUCACAGGAAACAAGAUUACAAAGAUUCCAUUUAUUGGACCUGGCUGUGAACAGAUGAUGACUUGCAGUGCGUGUCUGAUGGCCUAUUCCUUCAUGGGCUGUCACUGGUGCCAGAACCGCUGCACUAGGUCCUUGCAGUGUGCAGAUUCACACUGGAUUCAAGACUCAUGUCCUCCUGUUAUUAGCAUGAUAUCCCCAUCCACUAUUCCAAUUGGUGGAGAUACAAAAGUCACCAUCUGUGGGAGAAACUUUGGGUUCACCAAGCGUGAGCGAUUUGACCCAAAGCUGAUUCGUAUCACAGUAGCUGGAACAACUUGCAAGCUACUAGAGGGAAAUAGCCACCGGUUGGUUUGUGCUCCGGAUCAUGUGAAUGCAAACCACUCAAAUCACAUUGUGGAAGUACACAGUGGCAAAGAGACUGGAGAAAAAUUGGGACCCUUGUAUGUGAACCCUGCUAUCAAGAAGAUCUUUCCAGAAUUUGGUCCCAAGUCAGGUGGAACAUUACUCUCCAUUCAUGGCUCCUUCUUAGACUGCGGGACUGAGACAAUGGUCAAUGUUGGGAAUACAACCUGUGAGAUUAAGAAUGUGUCGGCGAGUACACUUAUAUGCAAGACUGCACCUCAGGUCUCGCCUUCUUCUCAACCAGUCACACUUACGAUUGAUGAAGUGUCACUUAAGGCAUCAAAAAGCUUCACAUACAAUGAAGAUCCCUUUAUUACAAACAUCCAGCCAAAGAGCUCAUUUGUCAGCGGAGGUAGUACUGUGUCAGUGUACGGGGUCUAUCUCCACUCUGCUCAGCAGCCCCUGAUGGUUCUCUCUCAUGAAGGGAAAGUCAUUAAAGAGAUGUUCUGUCAGAUGGGAAAGGAUAGACCUUGCAUUCAGUGCACUACCCCUUCUCUAAAAGAGCUGGACAUUCGCACACCAGUCAUCACAAAGGUGGCCUUUAAACUUGAUGGAUUCUAUACUGACCAGUAUGACCUUCUGUAUGUGGAAGACCCCGAUUUUUCUGAGUUUCAGCAGCCAACAAUCACUAUCAAAGGAGACAAGAGCAUCUUAGAGAUCAAGGUACCCCAAAUGGACAUAGAAGCGGUGAAGGGCGGGGUCUUGAUGGUGUCCAAUAGGACUUGUGAAUCUGUUGCUCUGGUAGGGGACACUCUGGAGUGUAUUGUUCCCACAGAGUUUCAAGCUGCAAGUGAGGAGUUGGAGGUUAAGUGGAGGCAGGCCAAUUCCUCAGUGAGCCUGGGCCGUGUAAUGCUGGCUCAUGAGCAGGAUUACACCAGCCUGACCACCGGUGUCAUCUGUGUCACCCUAUUCCUACUGUUGUUGUUUGCCAUAUUCAUCUGGGUCAAAAGGAGAAAGCAUAUUGAAGAUUUAAGCAAGGCUAUGGUUUGGUACGAUGGCCGGGCACACAUUCCUCAUUUGGACAUGUUGGCCAAUGCAAGGAGUGUCAGCCCCACUAAUGAAAUGGUGUCCCACGAAUCUGUGGACUAUAGAACUACUUUGCUUGAGGACCAGAGUGUGACCAUGACACAGGCAGAGUCAUGUCGGCCGCCCCCAUACUCUCCAAUGCAUGUGGACCUUUCUCCCAUAUUGUUGGGAGGUGAAGGAGAUUUGGCCUCCCCUUUGCUGCCAACCAGUGCUCCCAUAGAUCUGGCCAGCCUGAACCCAGAGUUGCUGAAAGAGGUCCAGCAUGUUGUCAUUGCCAGGGAGGACCUCCUGUUACACGUCCAUGAGAUUAUUGGGAGAGGUCACUUUGGCUGUGUUUUCCACGGGACCCUGCUUGACCCAGAUGGACAGAAACAGCACUGUGCAGUCAAAUCUCUAAAUCGUAUUACAGAUAUUGAAGAAGUGACACAGUUUCUGAAGGAGGGAAUCAUCAUGAAAGAUUUCAGCCAUCCCAAUGUAUUAUCUCUUUUGGGCAUUUGUUUGCCAAGUGAGGGCUCCCCUUUGGUGGUCCUGCCUUACAUGAAGCAUGGGGAUCUCCGUAACUUCAUCAGGGAUGAGACUCAUAACCCCACUGUAAAAGACCUUAUGGGAUUUGGGUUGCAAGUUGCGAAAGGGAUGGAAUACCUUGCUAGCAAGAAGUUUGUUCACCGAGACCUAGCAGCAAGAAACUGCAUGUUGGAUGAGAGUUAUACUGUGAAAGUUGCAGACUUUGGCUUAGCCCGAGAUGUGUACGACAAAGAGUAUUACAGCGUGCACAAUAAGAGUGGAGUCAAGCUGCCUGUAAAGUGGAUGGCCCUGGAGAGCUUACAGACACACAAAUUCACCUCAAAGUCAGAUGUUUGGUCAUUUGGGGUGUUGCUCUGGGAGCUCAUGACCCGAGGAGCUCCACCAUACUCUGAUGUCAAUUCCUUUGACAUCACCGUUUUCCUUUUGCAAGGACGACGACUACUUCAACCAGAGUUCUGCCCUGAUGGACUAUAUAAUGUGAUGAUUGAAUGCUGGCACCCUAAACCAGAGAGGCGGCCAACCUUUUCUGAAUUGGUCCACCGGAUAUCCAAUAUCUUCUCCAGCUUCAGUGGAGAGCACUAUGUCCUUCUCAACACAACCUACGUCAAUAUUGAAAAGAUGACACCAUAUCCCUCCUUAAUCUCCUCUCAAGGCAAUUUGGACCGGGACUGCUGCACUUGAGAGGAGAUUAAGACAGUGGACGUUGUGGGUUAGGGGGCUUGUAUGGACUCAAGAGAAACAUGCCUUUUCAAACCUGCUGUUUGUCUUUACACACACUGGACCCCAUUUUUAGAUGAAUGCUUUAUCUCGCUCUCAAAGAACAAUCAUGGACAUGAAGGCUACUGGAGCAAAGGAACAUUUUGGAACAUCUGCACUCUUACCUGGCUAGUGUUUUGGCGACAUUGAUGAGGACAUGCAGUGCCAAAGGGUUCAGCAGAGUGUGGUGGCCUGCAACAGUAACAAGGCUUGUGAUGCGGAUUUCAGAAAUAUGCCCCCUCACAUGACGAUGAUAUUUUUGUUGUAGAGGUCCAUACUGACUCCCCUAUUGAGACUGUCCUCCCUUCAGACAGGAAGAAUCUGGUGUCUGUAGCAAAGUAAAUCAAGAUUCUAAAGCAGUCAUACUCUGGAUGGUCAGCUUCAAGCAUACUCUGCUAGAUGUAGUUGAUAUCAAGUAUACUCAACUUAUUUUGACUAUUUAGUCAUAGACUAAGUUGUCGGGAAAUGUAUUCUACUGUUAGUAUUUUAUACUAUAAUAAUUCAAUAAAUAUGUAGGUAAGGUGAAUGUGCUUAACAAUAUUUCCCCCAUUGUUAAAUAUGGUGCGCAUGUCUCAUUACAUAUUACUAUGCGUUCACAUUCAUUUUAUAUAAUUUCAGCAAGUUUAAGGCAACUCAAGUCUAAUAACAACAUAGGGUCUAUUUUUGGAUGACAACUAGUGUAAAUUUUAGUUUAGGACCAAAACAACGUCACAUGUUGCAGUUUUGAGUAAGAGCAGAACAUGCAACUUUGCAAGUCUAUUACUGAACUUUCCUCUUUUUGGGUCCAUUGACUGUAGCUACAGUAUAGUGUCACAUUUGGUAAUCGACUUAUACAGACUUUCUCCAUACAAGAUGGUGGCGACUGGAAGAAGGGUAAGGUUAAUGUACUGACUACACAUAUUUUAUACCCUUUUUUACAAUUACAAAGGUAAAAAUACUUUGGUCCCAAAGGAAGAUUGUUAUCAUCCACAGAUAGACCUUAGGUUGUUGCAAGUCCAGAUUUUCCCCACAAGGUCAGAAUUUCGGCUAAAAUGUUGCUUGACUUGUGUAGUACACUGGAUAUAUUAAAUGUUUAACAGAAUGAAUCUGACCCUUUUUAUGCUUUAGGUAACUGCAAAUAUUUUGGUUGGAAGAAAGGGUUUGAGAUAGGCAGCUACUGACCUAAUGUAGCCUUUUAGAAUUUGAUAUCAGGCUGUAUGAACAUAGCUGUAGCAUUGGGUUAUGAAAAUAUAUCGGUUUCUCAUCAUGAAACAGCAUAUUGUGUUUUAAGCCUAUCUUAAUAAGGACGUUGUAGUGCUCUGUACAUUAGGCUAUAAUUACAGUUGGAGAGCAAGGCUGCAGUACUUAAUAGCCACACAAAUCUAGCCAGUACAGCCUGUAGUGCCCUCCUGUUUGGAUGGCCAAUAUUCUGCCAGGAGUUCAGUCAAAUGUCAGUUCAUUAAUAGUGCCAGAAUCUUGAUAAGUAAUCACUGACAGAGGCCUAAACAAAGUAUCAAGGUUAAUAAAACACAUGGGAGAUAUUGAGAAAAGAAAAAAACCCUCUUGUCAUAGGUAUGGAAAAAUGCAUUUGAUCUUUAAUUAUUUUCUGUAACAAAUGGGUUUCUGUGUUGAAUGUUUGUACUAUCAGUACUUGACUUCUGAAUGAUCAAAAGCAUGUUGAAAAUCAUUUCAAGUGACAGCACUGUAAAUGAAGGCUUGCAUACUGUAUAUGAAUGUAUAUUGCUUGUAGUUAAGGGUUUUUGACUACUUUUUGUGACUGAUGAUGUACAUAUGCACGGUUUUAUUUAGGUACAGCUUUAACAACAUUUUAACAAGUGAUGCAAGUAAUCAUUUUUUCUCUUCAAAAUUGCUACUGAACAUGUAGGCAUUAUUCACUAUCGAGCAAAACAAGCUAAUAUGUGUCUGUAAAAUAACUAUGUAUUUGUUAAGAUCAUGUUUGAUAAAAUCUGCAUUGUUUCAUUCCUGUGUAAUUUGUGCUUGUGUGUGAGACAAUCAGAUUGAUAAUUGAGUACUAUAGUUCCAGCCAAUCCUCAGGCAGGGACAUGUGCUUCUGUUAGGGAAAGCUUGCAUUGGGUGUGUCUACCAGGUGAGUAGGUGCCUUUGGAAUGCUCUGACUGCUGGACACAGUGCUCUCUCCUUCAAGUUAAACAAAUCCAUAAAACUCCAGCAGUCAACACAUUCUCAUAAGCUGGUCCAAAGAGAUGGGGAAUGGAGUUUUUGUGCAUUUCUGUUAAAGACUUUUACCUCUACACCUUCUCCUUGAUUCAUUAUUGUAAUAAAAUCGAGCUAAAGUUUU